AUGGCGAGGAGCGGCGCGGCUGCUCUCCCAAAUUUGUGCGCUUUGGUUGGGCGUGACGUCGCUGACAAACUCGUGGCGAAUGCUGGUGGGCUUGUGGCACUCGCGCGCCUCUCCGACGCCGCGCUGCGUCACCUCGGGCUGGACGAGUCGGUACAGUUCAAGCGGGCGAAGCACCUGCACGCCGGCCACCUCGCUGAGGCGCCUAUAUUUACGGAGUUCUUUGGCACCGACGAGGUGCGGGCCGACGACCUGCAGGCCGCGCAGAAGGCACUCGCUGUUCUCGCGCGCAAGUGCUGUAUCGCCGCAAAGGCGGACCUUGCCAGCGGCGCCAUAACAGGGGCGCUUGGUGAAGCAGAGCUAGAAAAGUUGCGGCGCAGUUUUGAGCUGCUUCUGGCGGAGGGAAAGGUCAAUGCGGCAGACACACAGGCACUUCCUGUCCCGCAUGUCUUUGUGCGGGGAGAGGAGGCAAAAAAGAAGCGUGGCGGGCGAAAGGAGUUCCGCAAGCAGAAGGCGCAGAAGGACGUGCCGAGUGCGCUCGAGCGCGCCGUGUCGCACGUGAAAAUGGGCGUGAGUGAGGAGGAGCAGCUCCAGAGUCUCAUGCAGCGCAGUGACGUGCGGGCGGAACUGCUGAAGGGCGCGGCGAAGGCGCCAGAGCAGCGGAAGCGCCCCCGCGGCGGCGAUGAUGAGUACGAUGAUUUGACGCAGAUUUGUCUGUGA